AUUUUCUACGUGCUGAAACGGUACCGCUGUCAUGAUGCGAACUUGCUUGGUCGCUUGGCAUUGUUAUUAAGCAGACGAUGGACCAGGACCACUGACGCAAGCGCAACGCCAACACAGCAUCACGAGUAUACAACAAACCAAAACCUUACUACAGCAAAUAAAAUUAUUGUAUGGCAGCUCUGGUAUUUGGUAGAAGCCUGAAUUUGAUCGCGAGGAUUCUCUUCUUGUUUUCCUUAUGAUCAAAAUCAGGCUACCAAAUACCAGCCUCUUUCAAAUAGAGGACGCCCGGUUCGUGGAUAUCGAUAUACACCUCCUAGCACAACGUCUCAGGAGGGACAUCAGCGUCACCACCAGAGUUAUUCCCUCGCUCAAAAGAUUAGCAUUUUACGUUCGAUAUUACAGCUGGGAGCACCGAAUGCGAAAGGAAUGGUUCUUUUCCACGGAUUGUUGAAGGAAGACGCGGU